UGCGAGGCUCGUUUUUUGUUUUGUGUGUGUGUGUGCAAACAGCGCGUUUGGGGUUGUUUGAGUUGCCAACCAACGACAGUGCUUGGCUCGUCGAUCACGCAGCACCACAUUUGACAACAACCUCCUGCUGCACCACCACCCCUUCUUGUCUUGACGAGCGCCUGUGAAGGGAGAAGGACAAGAAUAAGAAGAAGAAGAGCACUUGAUUGACACGUUGCAGACCAAUUUGCUGUGUGCACGCACUCAUCCCCUUCUACACGGUUUUGGCAGCCCACGCAUCCUCCGCCCCAAUCAACCACAACACCACCGGCAAUGUCGGACUGGCAAGAUGAGGAACAAGUGUCCUCCAUGCCACACGACGAUGACCAGGAGUACAGCGACCUGUACAGUGCUUGGAUUGAGCGCUCCUUUGCCAUCCACGUCCCCCCUCCAAACACAGAGAAACCAAAGAUCAGCAUGUGCAAACGUGCACCAACAACAUGCUAUGGCCAGGUGACCUUCGAUCAAGUACCCUUGUCCAACGGGGUUCCUCGGUCUGGACGCCCAUUCAUUCGCUUGUCAACCACGACGAAGCCUGCGCUGGUGACGCAACUGCUUUCGGAGCAAUGGGGCCUUCGUCUUCCACGCAUGAUCAUCUCUGUCACGGGCGGCGCAACCACCUUUGAGCUCCCUCCUCGCCUGGACAAGAUGAUUCGCCAGGGUCUGUGCAAGGCUGCCACGUCAUCCAAUGCAUGGAUUGUCACCGGUGGCACAAACACUGGUGUGAUGAAAUACGUCGGGCAGGCCAUCAAAGAUGUGCAGUCCCAGGUGACGAGCCCCCUGAUUGGAAUAGUGCCCUGGUCCAUCGUCAACAACAAGGACGCCCUCUGUGAGCUUGAAACGGGGGAUCCAACACGGGGGGCAGUUGUUUCGUAUGGCGACCCAGAUCGCUUCACGGGGCGCGCGUUCUGCUCACUCGACCGCAACCACACCCACUUCCUCCUUGUGGACGAUGGCACACUCGACGAGUUUGGCGGCGAGAUCAAGCUGCGCGCGGACGUGGAGCAGAAUGUCGGGUCGCGCAUCUCUGGCGGCCAGUUUGGCAUUGACUUUCCCGUUUCAAACGUCGUCAUCGCCAUCCAGGGCGGCCCCGGAACAGUGCGCACGUGCCUGGAGGCCGUGCGGGAUGGCAUUCCUAUUGUCGUCGUGAAUGGAAGCGGCAAGGCGGCAGAUGCGAUCGCGUACGCGUUCAACUUGCUGCACCACUCCCACAGCGACAAGUACAGCCAGGCGGGCCUGACCACGCUCGUACGCGAACAGCUCUCGCGCACCCAGCAGGACGACGAGGUGGCGGGCCUGGUCAAGCAGGUGCUGGAGUGCGCCAGCAACAAGGAGCAGGUGUUUGUGUACGAGGUGGACUUUUACGGCCGGCACGACGUUCCGCUUGAUGUCGCCAUUCUGGACGCUAUUCUCCAGUGGGAAAGCUAUCGAAUCGAGCACGGGGAGCUGGCGUGGCUGCUGGCGGAGGACGUGCCGCAGGAACACCGGAAAAAAGAGCGCUCGUUUCGGGCGGAGCUGCGAAAGGCGCGACUGCUUGAGCUCGCCUUGACAUGGGACAGGAUCGACGUGGCAAGACAAGAGACUGCCAAGUACCGCGUGCUGAAGGACUUUGACGACAAAAUCGCAUCAGAUCCAAUCACACAGGCAAAGGCACGCAUGCUCAAGUGGGCGCUGGUCAACAAUCGCCAGGCGUUUGUGCAGAUUUUCCUCGAGACGAUGGACACGCAGGACGUGACGGCGUUUCUGCGCACCCCGACAACAUCAGGCCUCACCCUGCCCUCUCUCCGCAAGAUCUCGCACUCCCGCUCAAAGACGCGUGCGAAAGGACGGGCAAGGCAAAUGAUCAAGUGGAGCAACUUGAAGCACCGGUUCUCCGUCCCACUGCCACCGACGCUCAACACCGACCCGCUGCCGGCCCACUGCCACUCCCUGCUCGCGGACAUUGCUGCAACGAAGAUGUACUGUGACCUGAAGGAGCUGUUCCAGUCGCGCCUGACGAUCACCCAGCGCGAGAUGCGGCAAUACGACUUCAACAUCGACUUUGACCACGACGACGUUGCCGACAUUCGCAAGCGCGAGGAACUCAUCAUCGAGGCGAACAAACGGUUCACGAUGGCCAACGGGGCCAAUGCAUGGCACAUGCUCUCGUACUUUGACGUCUUCUUCGUCCGAUUCCUGUUUGCGCAAGGAUUUAUGGUGUCACGCAUCCCUGUGUCGUCUUCUGGCCCGCCACCACGCCACGCGGAGGCCAUCGAAGGGCUCACGCGCGCCAUCCACCUCAUCUGGGUCCAUCGCAUGCUCGACGACGGCUGGUCCUAUGGAAAGGCGCUGGACGAAGAGAUGCAGGAGUCACCGCUCAUCUGCGCUUAUGACAAUCAGAACGACGGCAGCGCGUUCCUCAACGAAGACAUCAAACACGACAUGCGCGCACACGCUGCGCGGUUUAUGGAGACGCUGUAUUCGUCCAUGCGCAUCGUCAUCUGGCAGCCGAACACGCUGGAGAGUCUCUUCAUCCACCCAACACUCACCCGCACCCCACGGCACAACGCAAAGUACACCCACCUCGUCAGCCUCUUCCCGGGUGGCUCGUUCUGGGAGAGCCAAAUUCGUCAUGUGCUGGCUGAGGCGGUGCACUCGGAUGCAGAAUACGUCUACUUGUUUGAACUGGACCCAUUUUUCCUCUUGGCUGUGUGGGCAGCAGUGACCAACUUUCCAAGGCUCACGAAAUACUUUUGGCACCUCAGUCCGCAGUCGGCGAUUCCAAAUGGGCUGGUGUUGACGCUGGUGGUGAAGGCUGCCCUCGAACACGACGAGAAACUGCCGCCGGAGAGCAUUGUUGUGUUUGAAGGUCUCGCAAACGACAUCAUGGAGGAGUGCGUCGAUAUUCUCAACCACAUUGACCAGCGCAACUCGAAGCUUGCUGAGCGCAUCCUGCGGAGUCGACCCGUGAAUGGCGGGAUGGUGCAGACCACCACGCUCGCAUACCGCAUUGGAUAUGAGGCAUUUGUCGCCACAGACGCAUUCCUGCGUGUCCUCAACUACCUCUGGUACGACAACGUGGAUCCAACCAACGGUCUCAUCAAGAUUUUCAUCGCUGCACUCUUCCCGUUCUACCUCGUCAUUCCCGGAGAGCAGCUCAAGGAAUCACACGGCCACGCGCAUCUCGGGUUCUGGGAGACGCUGAAGCGAACGCUUCCCGUCCGCAUCGACACAUCCGUCGCCAUCGACUCGAACAGCGAUGGCGUUAUUGACGAAGCAGACGACGUGUACGAGGAACUGAUCAGAGACUCUUCUGUUGCAAACUUGAAUAUGUUUGACCGUGGUCCGCAGCGCUCUUUGCGUGGCGUGAAGGCGCUUCGACGAUCCAUGAGCGAAGUCAUUGUUCGUCAGGACUCUCCGCUCAAUGUGCUGUGGCGGCGACUGUAUUACUUCUAUACGUCGCCUGCUGUUGGGUUCCUCCUUGAGACGGUCUCCUACAUUGUUCUUCUCCUCCUCUUCUCGUACUCUGCGCUGCUGCCGACAACGAGCUGGCGCCAUGGCUUUCUCAAGGACCAGGGCCCUGUUCCAGCCAUCACCUUCAUCUGGAUGUGCAUCCUCAUGGUCGAAGAGGUGCGGCAAGCCACACACCAGGGCCUGCGCAUGUGGUGGGGUCAGUUGUGGAAUCGCUGGGACGCCAUCAUCUACUUAACUUAUCUCAUUGCCGUCGGCCUCCGCCUCUCUCCGCGCGAGGACGACCUGGGGCGCUCGCGGUACGUGUACAGCGGCGUGGCGAUCAUGCUGUGGACUCGUCUGGCCCGCCACUACGCCGUCAACCAGGACCUCGGUCCAAAGCUCAUCAUGGUGCAGCUCAUGGUGAAAGACAUUGUGGUGUUCCUCGGGCUGAUGGUGCUCGUCUUCGCAGGCUACUCCGUUGCCCUCUAUUCCGUGCUGGAGGAGAACCGCGACUGGGAACGACACACGUUCACAGAGAUGGUGUUCAUUCCAUACUUUCAAAUCUACGGCGAGCUCUUCCUUGAGGAAAUGCGCGACAAGACAACGUGUGCAAACAUGGAGUUUACAGACUGCGGCGGCGAUCCGGGCUGGUUCGCUGCGCCACUGCUUGCUGCGUACAUCAUGAUUGCCAACAUUCUCCUCGUCAAUCUGCUGAUUGCCAUGAUGUCGUCCACAUAUGAGGCUGUGCAGUCCCGCGCCCUCGAGCUGUGGGCAUACCAGAACCUCGACGCCCUCUUCGAAGUCAAGGAAACGUGGUUCCUUCCGGCGCCGUUCAACAUUGCCCACAACGUCUACCUCGGCUUUGUCUGGGUCUUGGGCCUGCUUCGGUCGACGUGUCAGCCAAACAAGGUGGCACCUGAUGAGGAAGGAACAGCAAACCUGAAGCAGUUUUUCCUCAUGAAACGGGCCGGCAAGGCGAUUGAGGACGACGCUGAUGACCUCACCGAGGCCUUCUGGCGCGAGUCACUCAACGAGGAUGAGCACGCGCGCGUGAUGGACGCCAUUAAGAAACUUGAGGGAGAAGUGCAGCUGGUGCAGCGCCUCGUCCUCAAUGACAAGGCUCCCCAUGCAACUGAAUCCAACAUUUGAUGAGCCACCGACCGACUUGUGUGGUAGCAACGACUGACGACGAAUCAGCAAGAAGGCGUCGUGCUGACGCAUGGAGCCCAGGCCAUGCAUUCAUGUUUGUGUUUGGCCUUGGACCGGUGCUUGCUUGCUUGCUGAGACGUUGAUUCUGACAUUACACAGCAUCCACCCGUGAA